AUGUUGGGCAUGCCAGUGCUUCUCCACGUCUACGAUUGUGGGCAGGCCUUGACCCAAGUUGGCAUUGGUGGGGCCUACCACGCUUCUGUUGAGGUCAAUGGUUUGGAGUGGGAUGUAGGAGGGUACAACAGGAAUGUCUGGAGCUCCUCUACUUGCUUCGUGAAGGGCACAGGCCUUGCAGAGGACGGCUGCAAGCGUGAGUUGAUCACGCGGCUCGUCCUCGCCACCGCCCCCGACCUCCGCCCAUUGAUUCGAUGGGCUUCGCUGCAGGUCUUCGGCCCAUCGGAGCUCCAGAGGAAGAAGGUCGAAGCGGUCGUCAGUGAUCCUGUCGAGGAGGUCACUUCCAACGCUCCUGGCUGCAAAGGCGAUUGGUCGCAAAAGAUCCCAGUCUUUCCACAAACUCACAGCAUCGUUCCCUUUGCAGUUGCCUUUCUGCCGUUUGCUUUUUCCUUCUCCUUUUGGGGAGAUGCGCCGGUGGUGGCAUCAAAGGUGCGCCGGCGCUUGCAACUGCCAUGGCUGGUAAGAGCCAGAGCCUGCUGGUCCGACGGAGCAGGCGAGUCACUGGCACAUGACUUCGGAGUCUUAGCUGGCAGGCGAUCGGCCACACGGCACUGCUUGGUCGUGUUUGGGCUGGAG